CGUCUAAGUUUCAACGCAUGCGCUGAUACUUACUUCCUUUUCCAAAACCUAAACAUGUCGAAAAGAGGACGUGGAGGUUCCGCCGGAGGAAAGUUCAGAAUUUCCUUGGCCCUGCCAGUGGGCGCUGUCAUCAACUGUGCAGACAACACUGGUGCCAAGAAUCUGUACGUUAUUGCUGUGCAGGGAAUCAAGGGUCGUCUCAACAGAAUGCCAGCUGCUGGCUCAGGAGACAUGAUUGUAGCCACAGUAAAGAAGGGAAAACCUGAACUCAGAAAAAAGGUUAUGCCUGCGGUGGUGAUCAGACAAAGAAAACCCAUCAGAAGAAAAGAUGGCUCCUUCAUAUACUUUGAAGACAAUGCGGGGGUCAUUGUAAAUAAUAAGGGAGAAAUGAAAGGUUCUGCUGUGACAGGGCCGGUAGCGAAGGAAUGUGCAGACUUGUGGCCCCGUAUCGCUUCCAAUGCCAGCUCCAUUUGUUAAUAAACGUACAGAAAAAGAA